AUGGAUUCAACACGCACCAAAGCACAAAACUCAGUUACGGAAGGCGAAAUUAACGAAGUUAGGCGACCUGUUGUGCUUGACCUUUUUGCAACGGCCAUUGUUCCAUCUGGUCAACCAAGAAGUCCUCCUAAUGUGCCGCAGCCGAUAGAAAUUGACACAUCGUCUCAUUUUGCGACUGAUAGGGAAGAGAACGACAGAGAUGAGUUGAUCAAAUGGGCUCGAAGCGUGUCGCAAAGUUUAAGGUUCGCAAUUAUAGUUAGGCGAUCCGAUUCGGGCGAGAAGAGAAAGGCUCAAUUGGUGUUAGAGUGUGAACGUAGUGGGAAGUAUGUUCCAGCCAAGAAGAAGUUGAAAUCCGAUACCUCCGGAACAAGAAAAUGCGAAUGUCCUUUCCGACUCCGUGGGUAUUACAACAAGGCAACAAAACUAUGGCGUUUGACUGUUGUCAACGGUAUGCAUAACCACGAGUUGGACAAAGGGCUUGAAGGGCAUCUCGUGGCGGGGCGUUUGAAACCGCAAGAGAAGGAUUUUAUGGACGAGAUGACAAGGAAUGCGGUGGCUCCAAAAAACAUAUUGUCCACAUUAAAGGAGAGAGAUCCGGAAAACAAGACCUCUGCAAAGCAAGUGUACAACGCUCGUCAUAGGUACAAAGUUAAAAUGAGGGCGUCCAUGACUGAGAUGCAACACUUAUGCAAGAAGCUUGAUGAUAACAACAAGUACAAAAUGCCGCUGUUUGAGAUAGUCGGAUUCACUUCGACCGAGAAGACAUUCAACGUUGCUUUUGCCUGGCUCAGUAACGAAAAGGAAGACAACUUUAUAUGGGCUCUGCAACAACUACGUUGUUUGUUAAGGCGUGAGACAAAUUUGCCGAAGGUUAUCUUGACGGAUCGAGAUUUAGCUUUGAUGAAUGCUAUUCCGGCUGUGUUUCCAGAAGCGGCGGCGUUGGUUUGUCGGUUCCAUGUUAAGAAGAAUGUGAGGACCAAGGCAGCCGAGCUGGUCAAGGUGAGGGAUGGGGAAAAGGUCAAGGCGGCGGACAUGAGGGAAAAAGUCUGUUUGGCGUUCGAGGAUGUGUUAGAUUCAUCUACUGAGGCCGAGUAUACUGAAAAUGUUAUGGCUUUUAGGAAGUUAUGUGAGAGGUGGCCAAAAUUUGUUCGGUACGUUGAAGAGACAAUUUUGGACACCGACAAAGAGAAGCUCAAUGUUAGGCAAUCAAUUCACCCAAGUGCAAACUGA